UUGCAGAAUACGAGGUGCAUCGCGAACGUUCCCCGCCCAUACUAGCGAAGGUCCAGAUAGUGAAGAUCAUGAUUGCUUGAUACUAUCAAGACUUUGGAAGCGAAAAAAUGCUGUGCAAUUGCCGGGUUUUGAUAUCGUGUUGUUCUUGUUACCCCUCAUCACAUAGAAUAUAUCUCGGGAUGGAGUCCCAACUUCGUAGGUACCUUUGAGCAAUUAUAUCCAGAAACAGAUACUUCUCAAUUCACACAAACACAAUGGCGAGCUCAAGAACUCCCUUUCGCAACCUUAUUUUCCUCCUCCGUGUCGGUGCUGGUAUCUUUGGCACCGCAGGGCUUGGCCUCUACAUCGUGGUGUUCAAAGAUGUGCUUAAUGACUGGGACAGUCAGGAGGCAGGAUUGACAGCUCUACCAAUCGCUGCUGGAGGUAUCAUCCUGAUCUGGAGUAUACUCUCUGCAAUCUUCAUGCUUAUUCGAAUGUCCCAUCUCUUCCUCACAAUCGGGGAUUUCUUCAUCUUCAUUGCCGCGACGGUGUUGGGCGUCAUUGGCUUCUACCACGACGACGAGACGUAUCUAAGCACUGGGAACGCCAACACCUUUAGUUGGGAUAACGAUUCUUCGUGGUUGCAAAUUGAGGAGAUUGGGGCUGUGAUGCUUCUAGUCGCCGUCGUGCAUCAACUCCUCCUGGUGCUUUUCAACUUCUUGGAGUAUAGACAUGUGAAGCGGGCUGGUAGGAGAGUGUCGUUGCCACCAUAUAUAGACUACCAGCCGGCCGCUAUCGAGAAGAAAGACGACUUUGAGCUCGACUGGCAGAGUGUCGUGUCUGAAAAGACCCUUCCAAGUGUUGUCAAGAAGCCAGUCAGUGCAGUGGUGUGAAGGCGACGAAUACCGGGAAUUGUUGGUUGGGGAUGCAAUAAUUCUCAUUGCUUCGAAUGUCGGAUCUGAUACCAGGCCUUGAAAGCUUGCCUCGUUAUUGUAAUUGAAGUGGACAUGCAUCGAAUAUAAUGGACUUUCCCCCCUGCUGGG